AUUUUUCAGAAAUUUUCCCGAUGAACUCCUCACUUUUCGAUCUUUUCCCAUUUGUAUACAAGUCCACCGACGCCAGAAUUCACAAAAGUCGCUCCACCGACGAAACCGGCUGGGAUGAAGUGUUCGAGCCAACUUAUACGGCUAUUGAACACUCAACUCGCCUACUGUCCGAAUGGCUAGUGGACACAGUCUCCCUGGUGGCUAGUAUUGCUCUUUGUGCAUUUUUAUGGAGGAGGAAGCGGUUAAUGUUAAAGUAUGCGAACUACAUAUCCUUCGCCACAUUCUCGGCGCAAAUCCUCUACUGGCCAUUCUACCUACUCUCUACGUGGCAGACAAUGUACCUACUAUUCGGAAAAGCUCCCGAGUACCCAUCCGUGCUCCAUUGCUCGUUGCUCCGUCACUUUGUGCUCGCCUGUUUCCAGUCGGCCGGCCUGAUUACUGUACCAAUCGCUAUUGAUCAUAUUUGUCUGGUUUUUUUGAAGAAAAAGCUGAAAGUGUUUAAUUUAGUGGUGAUUCAAGUGAUCAUCACGUUUGUUGAGCUUUUCUUCACACUGGGACACCUGGCAAUUGGUGACGUCACUAUUAAUGAUGUUUGUGCUCAGUGGAUAGCUUCACCUGACGUUUUUCUGAUUUCUAUGUCUUUCAACAAUACGCUGCUGAUUUUUGCAAUUUUGGCAAAUUUCACGCUGGUUAUCGUGCAAGUUAUCGAUAAGUUCUUGUUUAAAAAGUGUACAUCUACAAAGCACCUGUCUCUCAAUUAUUCUUUUGUGAUUUUAUUGCAAAGUGUCACUGAAUUUAUAUUGUCAUUUCCGCUAACAAUGCGGCAGUGGAAAGUACUCCUGGCAGGUAUCCGUUCAGUUAACUAUUUCUGCGCCUACGGGUACAUGUUCUCGUUCUCCUGCAUUUUUAUGGUGCCACUGGUCAGUAUGAUGUGCAUUCCGCCGAUUAGGAGGGCAUUUUUAGAUUUUUUCACGUGUAGUGGAUUGAAAAAACCAGCAAUUGCAAUUGUAGACAGAAGAAAAUUCAAAUUUGAUAACGUUUAUGAGAAAUAAAAUAUUUGCAAAAAAAAAAACAAAUCAAAUCAAA